CGCGCACGCACCUCUCGUGGGGACAGAGAGAAAGAGAGAGAGACGUGUGAUUUCUCUUUGUACUACUGAAUGAAGAGUUGAGGCCGGCUCUGCUACUGCUCACCUCUCCUUUUUUAUAUAGAAGCAGUGUUUGCAUGCUGUAAAUAGCCCAAUAAGCCGGUUACACUGUUCGUUUCGCCGUAACCGUCGGCCCGUUUUGUUUUGUAGACGCGGCCAGCUACUGCCAAUGUCCCUUUGAACGAUUUUGGACAACAAAAGCAUCAGGUCCAACGCUGUUUCUUCGGGGAUUCCAACUCUCACGUUUAUCAGCCGGGUUUUUUUUUUUUUCCAGUGCGGAAAAUCAAGCAGCAGCCCGUCCACAGACCGCUUCGCCUCCUUUCCGUCGCCGCUUUCACACUUCCACACCUCCAGGGGAGAUUCUUUUCUCCCAAACCGAGCGACCAUGGCUGCAGUUACAAGCCCGGAGACGAGCCCUCAACCCCGGGUAUAUUUCCAGACUCCGGCCGGGACCACGGAGGAACCGGAGACACCCGUUCGCAAGCAGGGACGCGUAACCGUCAAAUACGACCGUAAGGAGCUGAGGAAGAGACUGAACCUGGAGGAGUGGAUUAUCGACCAGCUAACGGACCUCUACGACUGUGAGGAGGAGGCCAUUCCAGAGCUUGAGAUCGAUGUGGAUGAGCUGCUGGAUAUGCCCAGUGAUGUUGAGCGGGGAGCCAGGGUCAAGGACUUGCUGGUUGACUGUUUUAAACCUACUGAGGACUUUAUCUCAGAGUUGCUUGACAAGAUCCGAGGGAUGCAGAAGCUCUCCACGCCUCAGAAGAAAUGAUGGCGUCCCUCCUCCUCCUCCUCCUCCACACCCACACCCUCCCCCUCAGCCCUCACCUCUCGUCUUCCUCAUGUGCUUUCCAUCUUUUUUUAUAUUUUGAUGUCAGUUUUCUUCCAUUGAGGUUCUUUCACUGAACCUUGUUUGCAUUACACCCUCCGCUCUAAACCCCUUUCUUUUAAUCUAUUCUUUGCCUCGGAUCCAGCCCCAUAAAUCACUUUUAAUUUUCAUUAUUUUGUGACCUUCCCUUGUUGUUUGUUGGACUCCCUUACUAAAAAAAAAACAUCAGCAAGGAAGAAAAAGUAAAGAACGCGUAAUGAUAAGCAGGCGAAAACAACAAGGAGCGAUUCGUUGGUCUUAAUCCAGGCACUCUCCUUCCGCCUCUUUCUCACUCCUGCUCUUCCUUCACCCUUUGUAUGGCUUUACUCUUCCUCAUCCAGCUCUAUAUUCCUCCCACCCUCCCUCAUACCACCCUCCAUAUGUCUGAGGAGGAAGAGAGAAGAGGAGCAGAGACGAGACGAGUCCCAUAAUUACUGAGACUGGAGCGGCUGAGAGUGGGAAGAGGAACAAGAGAAAGAGUCUGCAACAGCAAAGAAAAGAGUGGAAGGGAGAACGACGAAGGGGGAAACAGCCAAUCAGCUUGAAGCAGGGCCUAAUCAUUGCUUAGGUCUCUACCAAUGAGAUUCCUUAUCUUAUUUGUAAGGGGUUUAAACUUUUUUUUUGGGGGGGGGGUGGUGCAGUCUUUUCAGAUAAUUACCCCCCUUAAUCAGAGGCAUUUGCUACAGUGGUGCUUUUUUUUCUCCACUUUGUCAUUUUGGGAAGAAAAUCUGAACCUCUGACCACAAAGAAUAUGUGUGGUAUAUCUUUAGUCCAACAAAGAGGGAAAUUGGAUCCCUGGAAAUAGUGCUUGAACCUUUUAAAAAAAAAAAAAAAAGAGUCACUGGUUGGCUGCGGUGGUCAUACGGUCCAACCAAUUUUAGACUAAAAAUCUUCCUUUGAGGCUUGUGUAGAAGUAGCUCUUAGGUUGGGUGUUCUUGAAUAGAGUUCAAAUUCUUGGGGGUGAAAAAGUACGUUUUUCUUUCCUCAAAUGUGUAGUGCAGUUGUAAGAGAGGCUCUUUAGAAGUCGCUGCUGUCCAGCCUGCACAUACAUACUGUAUGUAUGUCUGUGUGUUGCUAAAUGCUACAUGUUGCUACAUAAUGUACAGCAACAGUCAUAAUAGGAGUGUUAUUUUCUGGCCUGUAUAUUCUGCUGUUCUGUAUGACAAAUUUAGAUUUUUAGUAGAGGACUGGUUCCUGUUUUGUUUUUCUGGAUGCAUUUUGUCACACACACUGACAGUCCGACAGGGGGACCCAGAACAAAGCUGCCUUUUUUUCUCUGUCUCUUUCUCACUCUUCUCCUUGUGUCUUAGGAAUUAUUCAGUCCACCACAUUGUUUUGUGCUUGGCAGACGUCAGUUCAGAACAGUCACACAUACAUGCAACUCUGAAAAUGUCUUCGGAGCUUCAAGUUGGUGUCGGGACUGUUCUCUGCCUGUCAGUAGACCCACUAAUGAUGAGACAUCUGAAUGGGAGGGAUGGAGGCCACUGUUUUACAUUGAAGCUGUCUAAAUGCAUUCACCCUUCAUUUUCGUCUUUCUCUCAAACACACACACGCACACACACACACACCCCAAAUGCUGAGAAAGAAAGGGAGAGAGACAGGUCCAUUAUAGCUGUCACGAGAUGUGUUUCUCCGCUGCAGCUGCCAAUCAUCUCUAAGAAUAAGCCAUCUGUUUCUCAUCCUGAGCCAAUCAGAUCAGAGACGGAAGCCCAUCGGCCAAUUGGAGAAGCAGUAGCAUUUGCUGCGAUUCCUGUGACCAAUUGCUAACACCUGCGGUGACAGCAGACCUCCACUGUCUGUCUCUGUCUCAGCGCCAACACACAUGCAUUCAUACACACACACACUGGCCCAUUUCCCUCUUGCUGCUCUGUUAUUACUCCCUGGCAUCCCCUCUCUCCUCCCACCCAUUUCCAUCCUUUUGCCCACCCUCCCUCUAUCCUUUCUUCACUUUCCUUUCCUUUAAAAAACAGAUGUUGCCUUAGGUAUUAUUUAUGUUACACAAACCAAAAAAAAAACGGGAGACAUUCAUUUUUAAAAAGGUAACGCAAACUGCUAAACCUGUGUGUUACUGAGCAGAACUGCGGCAUGUGGACCUUCUGUCGCUAUUUUUUUGUUUUGAAAAAACAAAAUGAGAUUCUGUUUUGUUUUUUAGAAGUGAGUGUUUAAUACUUAGGCCUUUAUACAGUGAUUUUGUUUAGAUGAAACAAUGUUCUUUACAUUUUUCCAUUUGAAUACUGGUCUGUUUUUAUUGUGAUCAUGACACUUCUUGAUGCCAGGCCUUGGAUUAACAUGUAGUUAAACAAAAAUCCCUUCAGAUACACUUUGGUGCGAUUGCUUUUGCCUUCCUGGUGGGGUUUCCAAAUCAAGCACGGUCUGCAUUUUUGUAGACAUUGGAUUGUACCAGGCAAGCUCAAUCAGAAGGUGAAUUUGAGUGGAUUUUCAUUUCUAAAUCCAGGUUUGGAUUAUAUCUUCUGAGACUGUUAUUGAGAAGUCUGUUUUUUUACUGUUUGGGGAAAAAAAAUGCAAAAAAAAUAUAUACUGAUUAUCAUCGUGAUGCUAAAUACAAGAGCUAAACCAUGCAGAUUGAGGUGUUUUUUGGACAAUGAUUAGAUCAAACCAACAAACAAAUGUAGCAAUAGCAACAACAGGUCUUGUUUUUGCCCAAUUUUGUUACACUUUUAUGCAACUUUAAUAAAAACAUGUAAAAUGGA